CAGUCGUAGGGCUAGUUCGGUAAUUGUGCCAUAACGAAAUUGAAUAAACUAUGUCUGGAAGAGGGAAGACGGGCGCCGGCAAAGCCAGAGCUAAGGCCAAGACCAGAUCCUCCAGGGCUGGACUCCAGUUUCCCGUGGGUCGUGUUCACAGGCUGCUGCGCAAAGGGAACUACGCAGAGCGCGUCGGAGCCGGAGCCCCCGUCUACCUGGCGGCUGUUCUGGAGUAUCUGACCGCUGAGAUCCUGGAGUUGGCUGGAAACGCUGCCCGCGACAACAAGAAGACCAGGAUCAUCCCCCGCCACCUGCAGCUGGCCGUCCGCAACGACGAGGAGCUCAACAAGCUGCUCGGCGGAGUCACCAUCGCCCAGGGCGGCGUCCUGCCCAACAUCCAGGCGGUGCUGCUGCCCAAGAAGACGGAGAAACCCGCCGGGAAGGCCAAGUAAACUGGACUGCACAACCCACCCAAAAAACGGCUCUUUUAAGAGCCACGCACUUCCUCUGAAAGAGCUGCUUCCUGUUUAUACUAACAUAUCGCGAUUUUUAAUACUCUUGGUAGAAACAGUUGCGUUGUUCUUUGUAGUUCAGGUCACAUGGGUCAACGACUGUUACUGGAGCUGUCUGCAGCUUUACUGGGGUCAAAUACACAUCAGACCUGGAAGAAUUACAGCCUCUGAAAUAUAAUAAUAAACACGAGCUGUGUCACUUCAUUAUUACAAAUCCCACAGUGGGAACAGUGCAUCUUCAACAGCUCAGUGUUAUUAGGACAAACCUAAGCUGGGGAUGAAUAUGCUGAAUUCUGGUAUACAGUACAAGGACAUGAUAGGUGAGAAGUGUAUGUAAGAAAUCAUGGGUGAUUAUUAUUGCACAUUAUGAAUAUUGUUUACAAAAUGUAAUAAUAAAACAAACUUGCCGGACUUCA